AUGGAGAACAUUGGGUUUUCUUUGAUGACCAGUGAUCUUCUUGAUAACAUACUUUCAAGGCUACCUGCCAAGUCUUUCGCUUCCGCUGCCGCCGUCCGUAAAGACUGGAACUCCGCUUGCUCUCGCAUUCUCUCCCGACCUAAGCUCUCCUCCGCCAUCUCCUUCAACCCUGUGCCUCUUGAUGCUCUACAAGAGCUUUUUGAAAAGGUUAUGUCGGAGCCAAUUCGACCCCAUUUUGUUAUGGCGAGUGUUGGUCUUGGAUCUGAAUUCGAUGACAUUCUCCAAUUCAUGGUAAAAAAAUUUGGAUCAAGAACACCGAUUAUUGUAGUUUGUGCUAAAGGAAUUCUUGGACGAGAUGCACGUACUCAAGAAUUUAGGGAGGUUGUGUGGACUGAAAAUACUGAUGAGGAAAUUACUGUAAAUACGGGCACUGAAUUGACUGUUGGAUUCGUUCCGGGACUUAAGGUCGACGUGAUCCCUCUUUUACGACGCUCUGAGCCACCCAAUUGUUCAAUGCCAAUGGUUUACAAGUUCGUGAGAGAUAUUAAGAAUUUUACAUCCCCUGUGUCCGGUUCCACAUCACCGCAAGCAAUUAUAUUGAUAGGGGAUAUAGUGACUCGCCUGGAACCUGUCCUUAAGAUAUUAGAUCGUACAAUGUCUACGGAAACAAUCAUUGUGGGCGAGGAAAGAUGUCAGUAUGUGUAUAGAAGUAAUGCUACAAGCAAUGUCGAACAGUCGACUGACGCUGUUGCUCUUGUUUUCGCAAGAGAUAGAAGCAACAAAGCCCAUGGUAUAGGGAAUAUUGAAUUUCAUUUUGCAGCGUCAAAUGGUUCCACAGCAAUCGGACCAAAGUUUAAGGUUGUAUACAGAACAGAGAAAGAGGAUUACUAUGUUACUGAGCUUGCUGCCAGAAGAGAAGGAGAGCAGGAGAUUCUUGGUGCUCAACAGAAGCUAGAAGUUACCGAUGACUAUAAGAUAGAAAAUAACUUCUUCCCUCUUAGUUUUCACAUUGCGGUUACAAGACCACAGAACUAUUCAGUUGGCUCAAAUAGGCGUAGGCAGACAACCUUGCAAUUCCAUGAAGUUGAAGAGAAAGACUUUGAAUCAUUUUUCCCAUUCUUUUUUUGUGAAGAAUUGCAGGAGUAUCUUCAGGUCGGUGGUGUAGGAAUAAAAAAUGGUGACUCUUUCCAAUUUUACGUUCCAGAUCCGAGGAUUGCAUCAUCCUCAAGAGAAGAUGGCUCCUCUGCCCUUAGAGCGUUGAAGUUGGAAUGGGAUUCAACGGUUGCUAAUGUCUGUGGUAAAAUGGAACCUUUCGGAGGUUUUGUCUUUGGUAACAUGAGCCGCGUGAGACCAUUUUUUGGUCAACAUAACAUUGAGAGCUCCCCAUUAUUGGAUAACUUUCCUGGGAUACCCGUGGCCGGAAUAUUUGGCAAUGGCGAUAUUGGACGUGGCAACAUCAGCUUAAAUGCAAAUGAACGGGAUCCCUAUAGCACUGUUUAUGUGCUGAUGUCGUAUACUCCUCGACAACCUUAG